AUGGAGUUUUUCACGUCCAAGAUCAAAGACACGAACGCGUCAAUUCAGUCCAUCAAAUUCCGACGACCAGGAAUCUUCACGAAUGCCGUAAUCCUAAAGCCGGAAAUCACUUCAUUGAUCCAGGAUGCAGACAACCAAGAACAGGCGCUAUUUCAAAUUUCUGGAAAAUCAAAACAGCCGGUACGAGUUUCUCACAAACCGUCAUCCGCAGGACUGCCGACAGAAAUCAACUCCAGUGAUGAAUUAUCAGUCGACGCUCUAUGCACAGCAGCCGAACGACUGGCUCAAAUAUAUCCUAUCGAGGGACUGGAUUCUCGAGUGGCUUACUACCGCAACAAAGCUGACCAACUGAACGAAAACAUUUUCAAAUACGAAGAGCUGGUCGAAUCCCAACGCCGCCAGCUGCUCAAACUGAACGUCACAGUCGAGUCGCGUGGCCUAAUCCCCGAAGACCAACCCAAAUUCCAGGAUGCCAAAACUGCCGCCGAAGAAAUCCGUCGUCUACAAGAAGAAGUCCAAAACCUCGAGUCCGAAAUAUCUCUACGGCAACAGGAGGUCCAGAACCUCGAGGGGCGUCUGCUGUCGUGA